AUGUCUCUGGAGAUCGAGUCCGCGGACGUGGUUCGCCUGAUUGAGCAGUUCCUGAAGGAGAACAACCUCCACCGGACGCUGGCCACCCUGCAGGAGGAGUCCUCCAUCGCGCUGAACACCGUCGACUCGAUCGAGGGCUUCGUCGCCGACAUCACCGCCGGCCACUGGGAGGUGGUGCUGAAGGUCAUCUCACAGUUGAACCUGCCCGACCGCAAGCUAGUGGACCUCUACGAGCAGAUCGUCAUUGAGCUGAUUGAGAUGCGCGAGCUGGGCGCCGCCCGCAGCCUCCUCCGCCAGACCGAUCCGAUGGCCCGGCUGAAGGCGGACAAUCCGGAGCGCUUCCUCCACCUGGAGCAGCUGCUGGCGAAGAGCUUCUUCGACACUCAGGAGGCCUACCCGGAGGGCAGCAGUCGCGAGAAGAGGAGGGCGGCCAUCGCCGCCCAGCUCGCCAGCGAGGUCACGGUGGUCGAGUCGUCACGACUGCUCGCACUUCUAGGACAGGCCCUUCGGUGGCAGCAGUACCAGGGCCUCCUGCCCACCGGCUCCUCCAUUGACCUCUUCCGCGGGAAGACCUCCAUCCGCGAGGAGGAGGAGGAGACGCAUCCGACGCGUCUCUCGAAGGUGAUCAAGUUCGGCGCGAAGGCGCACGUCGAGUCGGCGGCCUUCAGCCCCGACGGGCAGUACCUGGUGACGGGGACGGUGGACGGCUUCAUCGAGGUGUGGAACUUCAUCACCGGGAAGGUGCGCAAGGACCUGAAGUACCAGGCGGAGGACCGCUUCAUGUACCUGAAGAGCGGCGACGCCGUCCUCAGCCUCGCCUUCAGCCGCGACUCGGAGCACCUGGCUACUGGGGGCGCCUCGGGCGCCAUCAAGGUCUGGUCAGUUGGGUCGGGGACGGUGGUCCGCGCCUUUGAGGGCGCCCACUCCGGCGGCGUCAACUGCCUGCAGUUCAACCGCGACGGGACGCAGCUGCUGAGCGGCAGCUACGACUUUACCGUCCGUAUCCACGGCCUCAAGUCAGGGAAGAGGCUGAAGGAGUUCAAGGGCCACGGCAGCUUCGUCAAUGCGGUCACCUUCAGCGCCGACGGGCACCAGGUGA